AUGUACACGGAACUGAAAGAAUUGAUCAAUUUCCUGGGCAUUUAUAUGCAUCAUCGAAUCCCGCGACGUCGGAUUUGUUUGUUCAUGGAGAAUUAUGGUAAUCAUCUCGCGGGGAGAUUUUUGGAGAGUUGGAAGCUGGAAGAACCGAAAUAUGGAGAAAGAGAGCGAACAUUAGUGAUUAAAACGGGAAACAGGCUAAACGAAAUUUUCACCACAAUCGCGACAAGCAUUGGGAUUGUUGAGGAAGAUCUUACAGCGUGUUUUCCAUCAUCUAUGUUGCUUUAUUGCAAUCCGGGUGAAGUAUCUUGCCAAAUGAUCAACUAUGCGCAUACUAUCACUGUUUGGACAGGCGAUGUUAACGCUGAUAUAAAUUACACACCAAUACCAGAUGGUAUUGCAUUUUUCUGCGAGACUCCGGCCGUACUCCAUAAUGUUCUAAAUAGCAAUGGCAACAUUUUGGGUGAAACAAGUUCGAAAAACAAAGAAUUGAAGUCACAACGAUGUAUUUUGUUGCAGUUAGUCAACUGGUUGGAUGAUUCUGCUUAUGAUUUGCUUAGAAGUGGUUUCUUCUUCGAAAAUAAGAUACCACCCUUUCUUUUCCGCUAUACUACAAAGGAAAACUGUUCGUUUACGGCACGUUCGUUUGCGGGUACGCGUUUCGGCUCUCAUCGAUCACGCCCCGAUCACCAAGCUAUGCGACGUAUUCAACAUGCUGCAGCAUUUAUGGCUGUCACCAAUGACUUUUACAAUAAUCAACCUUAUGCCAAUAACGAUUUUGUUUCGACAACAACGCCAUCUGUUCCAUUGACAUCAGCAACAGUACCAACUGCUUCAGUUGGACAAAGAAAUUGUGAUGCAACAAAUUCAAUGACAACAUCUACAAAUCUUUAUUCAUCAUCUUCAGCGAUAGAAACUGGGAAUGACUUCAGUUCAUGGCAUUAUCCUCCUGCAGCAGGUGACACAAAAGUGGAUUGCGCAAAGGUUCCAUCAUGUGAUGAGCGCAGCAGUGCCGACCGCAAUAAUUUCCAUCUCAAUUAUCCGUGUCACUCCCGAACACCAGUUGUCGACAAUUACAAUCCAUAUCCAUUUGAAACAGCAUCACUUUCCCAAAUCAGCUACACGCCAUCCGAAAAUCUGGAAAAUCAAGCCCAUAAUUUGGAGUCAAAUAAUUCGGAUAUCUCUGAGCUUCAAUACAAUAUCAGCCGCAUGUCAUUUGCCGAUGGUACGACACCAACAUCAUCAGCACUCGCCCCUUAUCACGCCAAAAAGCAUUGA